CGGAAGGCUGUAUGCUGCCUCAGAGAAUAACUUUAGUGUCGUCUCACUAUGAGCCCCCCCACCCAGCUCGGUCCCCCCUGCAGGACGUGCUCUUCCUCCGCGCGUAAAAGUUGGAGACGUUUGGCGAACCCGACAGCGCGGCGUGAACGCGCCUGAUGGUGCUUCGUUCCCCAGCUUCACGAAGCCAAGCGAACUAAAAGGCCGCCCUGAACUCACAUCCACGCCAGAAUGAACAGCAACAGCACCGCGGUGCUGCGGCGCAUGGAGCCCACCAUCCCGGUGGUCAUGUUUAUCUUCGGCGUGCUGAGCAACGUCAUCGCCAUCGUGGUGCUGUGCAAGUCUCGGCGCGAGCAGAAGGAGAGCGCCUUCUACACGUUAGUGUGCGGCCUGGCCCUCACUGACCUGUUGGGUACCGUGCUGGCCAGUCCCGUGACCAUCGUGACGUACGUGAAGGGCGCGUGGCCGGCCGGGGACGAGCUGUGCCAGUACUUCGGCUUCGUGCUGCUCUUCUUCUCGCUGGCCGGCCUCAGCAUCAUCUGCGCUAUGUCUGUGGAGCGGUACGCGGCCAUCAACCACGCGUACUUCUACAACCAGUGCGUGGACCGGCGGCUCGCGGCGCUCACGCUGCUCGCCAUCUACGCAUCCAACGCGCUCUUCUGCGCGCUGCCCAGCGUGGGCUUCGGCGAGGUGAAGAUGCAGUACCCGCAGACGUGGUGCUUCAUCGACUGGAGGACGAACGUGAGCAGCCACGCGGCCUUCUCCUACAUGUACGCGGGCGUCAGCUCCGUGCUGGUGCUCUGCACCGUCGUCUGCAACGUGCUGGUGUGCGGCGCGCUCGUGGCCAUGCACCGCAGACUCGUGCGCAGGACCUCGCUGGGCACGGACCAAGGCAGAGCUGCUGAGCUGGGGGGCAGGAGGAGGCUGGCUGGGGCAGAAAUCCAGAUGGUCAUUCUGCUCAUCGCCACUUCUGCCGUGGUGCUCAUCUGCUCCAUCCCGCUGGUCGUACAAGUGUUUGUCAACCAAAUGUAUAAGGUUCCGGUGGAGAAAAGGUUGGAGAAAAACCCAGAUCUUCUGGCCGUCAGGUUUGCUUCAACCAACCCUAUAUUAGAUCCUUGGAUCUACAUCCUACUGAGGAAAGCAGUGCUCCAGAAACUAAUAGAAAACAUCAAGUGCCUGUUCUGCAAGAUUGGCGCUCGGGGACAGCAGAGACCAGGCAACUUUCACUGUGUGGAGGGCCAGCAAGUGUCCUCAAUCAUGUCCAGAGAGUCUCCGUCACUUGUGUCUCGUGAUCUUAGGGAGGUAACGAGCACCUCCCAGACUCUUCUCUAUCUCCCUGAAUCCAACGAGAUGUACCUAGGCACAUGUCAUUCAAGCCAGUGUGGCUCCUGCCCUUCUGUAGGACGCUCCUCUAAAGACCUCAGUUCAGAGUCCUCCAACAGGAACAGUCUGAACAGUGAAGCAGCAACGUGCCUGAGCUUUAGCGCCAUGAACAAUGCUGACCAGGAUUCUUCCUCUAAGGAGCAGCCUCUUCAAGUGACUUUAACCAUUGUGACCUUCCAGGAGAAAAGCAUUUAGUGCCGUAGUCGAUGUUUGAGCCAAACUCAAACCAGUUUUCCUCUGACCAUGAACACAGUUGAUCAGCCAAGACACUUCUGCUUGUUCAGUUUUGCUCUGGAGGUAGGAGGCUGAAGUAGCUAACACGUGAUGUUUAUACCUGACCAUUAAGCACUAUGCAAAAUGCAUUCCUAAAUCUUCUCGCACUUGAGUCAAACUCUGUCUUUCUUAAACGCACUCUUAAAAAAGAUGGUUCUACAAGGGUUCUUUGGUAAAGAAAAUGUUUCUAUAUAGCACUAUGAACACAACAUUUGCAUGGUUAAAAGGUUAUUUGCUUCAUGAAAUGGUUCUUCAUAUUGAUGACAAAUGUGCUGUAGGUGGUUCUUUACAGAAAAGGGGUUCUACA